AUGGCAUCAGCACAGUCGGCGACCAUUUCCUCCUUGAUCAGAGAAUUAUCUGCCAUCGAGCAGAAAUCCAAUGGCUCUGUGUUCGAAAACGAGGACCUCCGUGCAAACGCUGCACAUCUGACUCGAAAACUCGCAGCGAUGCUAGAUAGACCUCAAGAGGUAGUGUUGAUUAAUGCUUCUUUGCCUGCCCAAGUCGCAGCUGUGCGGAUUGCUGUAGACUUACAUCUGUUCGAGUUCCUUGGCGAUGGGCUAGAGGCAAAGGCUGUCUCUGACCUGGCCUCAAAAACUGGCGCGGAUGCAGAUUUCCUGGUCCGUAUACUCCGACUACUCUCAGCCAUGGGCUGGGUGGACCAGACAGACGACGUCUCCUUCAAACCAACUCCUAUCACAGACGUUUUAAAAAACAGUGAGCCUAUCAAAGCUGGUAUCAAACAUAUGUAUCAUGCACUUCCCAUAUAUGGCAAGCUCCCGGAAUAUUUCGCAAAAUCUAAUUACAAAUCCCCCGUUGAUGUCCAAGACGGCCCUUUUCAGUACGCAUACGGCGUGAACGAAACGGCCUUUGAAUACUGGGCUAAAAGUCCAACGGAUUCAAAGGUAUUCAACACAUUCAUGACCGGUGUGCGCGGAAGUAGACCGCACUGGGUUCAUUGGUUUCCAGUGCAAGAAAGGUUUAUUGAUGGCUCAAGUGGAAAAGAGGAGGAUGUUCUAUUAGUCGAUGUGGGCGGUGGAAAAGGCCAUGACUUGAACAAGUUCAUCGAAACCUUCCCCGAUGCAAAAGGACGAUACGUUUUGGAAGAUCUUCCUGUUGUCAUUGACGACACUUAUGACAGGAAUUUGAGAAUCGAGGCCCUAAAACAUGACUUUUUUCAAGAACAACCAAUUCAAGGUGCACGAAUGUAUUUCAUGCAUCACGUUCUUCACGACUGGCCGGAUGAGGAUGUUGUGCGAAUCUUGUCCCAGAUCGCGAAAGCAAUGAAACCGGGCUAUUCCCGGUUAUUGUUGGGGGAGAAUGUGUUGCAAGAUGUGGACUGCCACAUCUAUCCUGCUCUGCUGGAUUGGGGGAUGAUGGUGUUGCACUGUGGCAUGACGAGAACGGUGGGCCGCUGGAGGGCAUUGUGUGAGAAAUCCGGACUAAAACUGGUUAAGUACUGGCCACCUCCUGGGGACGGAGACGGGAUUCUGGAAGUGGAGCUCGAGUGA